GCUUUACGAAGGCCCAAUAGCAAAUUAUGUUCUCUCUCUCGAUCUCCAUAGAUCGCUCGACUUCAGCUUCGGGACCUUCGAUUCCUUAACGAAGAAGACGAGGAUUCUUCUUCUUCUUCUUCUUCUUCGAUCACAAGUUAUACGCAAAUUCCUCUUCAAUUUCAUCGUCUUUAGAUUCUGAGCUCGAGUUCUAGUGGAAGGAUACUGGAUUAAACAGUAUUUUAGAAUUUCUACUGGAUUUUAAGCACCACGUGAUUUUCGGAAGUAAGGCUUAAUGAUGUCCCCGAAGCAAAUCUCCGACGAGCGAGGAUCUCCACAUUUCAGGAAUACACCUUUCCAGAUAAUCCAUGUCAUUGGGAACUUCUUUAGGAUAUGGUCGGUUUAUUCCAUGUACCGGUACUUGAAUCAGACAGGAGCCCCUGUUGUUCUCUUUCUUUUCUGCUGUCUGGUGCCGUCAUCCAUCAUCUUCUUGAUAGUUCAGAAACCGUGGAAAGGAAGGGCACUUUCCAAUCAACAGAUUGUACCUUCGCUUAUCAAUGGGGUCAUCACAGCUCUAUACUUCAUCCUGUGGGGAAAAGGUCUUAAGUCUUGUGGACCCCUAAGAGCUAUCUUGUCAGAGUACUCUGGUGCUGUUCUUGGAGUACUUUCUGGAGUAUUAUAUGGACGGAGAGGGCAUGUGUGGAAGAAGGUAGGUGGCCUUGUUGCAAUGCUAGUAGCUCUUUUUUUCUUGUCUCAAGGAUGGGCGACAUUAUCUCUCUCCCCUUUUUAUAUCCUUUUACGCAAGUUCCUUCUCUUUUAUAAUACUGAAACCAAAGAGGAAGAAGUACUAAAAGAACAAGCACUAGGUCUGAUGGGAAUGAUGAUACCCGUUUUUGCUGGAAUCUUAUCAGCACUAAGGCGAGUUAUUGCGCGGCGUGUUUCUCUUAAGAACCAGCAGAAGAAACGACUUCAUGCGAUAACUAUUACUUCUGCAACCUGCUUUUUGUUUCCUUUGGCCAUGUGGGACCUUGUCAUAGGGUCGUCAUCUUCUGAGAAAACAUCCGAGUUACCAUUUUCUGCGUGGGCCUUCUUUAGCACCAUAGUUUUCGGGAUCAUCCUAAUAUUCUAUGUCGACAAUAUCGCAGAAGAGAGAUUGCAUAUGGUGUUUUCUUCCCCAAGGCAUUUAAUGGUAGCAGGCGCAUGCAUAAUAGUCAUGGAGAUUGCAUACGAGAUGGAUUUCUCUCUUCCUGGUUUCAUUGUGUGUUGCUUAGUGUUAGGGUUUGGAAUAUACGAGGCAACAUCUCUAGAACGCAGCAAAAAAGACUCUUCAGUGAAAUCUGAAGAUCUAUUAAUCGGAGUCUCUGGUAAUGACUUUGAUACUUCUCCAAUUCUUCCAAUAUAAGCUAGCUAGCUAGAUCCUCACCAUACUAACGACGCCGUACUGUUGAAAAUGUUCUUGUCCUUGACGAUGUAAAUCUUUUUAUCUGGAUUUUUUUUCUUACUCUUUCUCAAUCUUUUGUACCUUCAUCUUUCGUUUUUUAUUGAUGAAGCAUAUACAUUAUUUUGGUUUGGAGUAGCCAUAUAGAUACACCUAAUGAUGAACCAAUU